CGGUCCGCCUCAGCAGUGUUUGACACGCGCCGGAUCGUUCAGUCGUUCUUGCAACGUCGUGCUAGCACAAACAGCUUCAACUCGACUACUCCUUCAACAAACGGACGGUGAAUUUAAAAAGAAGCAACAAUUGUAACUAAAAAAUCAACUAAACCUUGUGUGUAUCGGAAUAAUUGGAGAAUUCUAUAAAAUAAUUGCAUUGCAAAUUGUUGUAGCUCUUAUACAUUCACUAUUAGAAGUUAACGAGAUGUUGAAGGAGAAGCUGCAGACAAUCUCACGACUCGUCAGCAAUCGUAUCCAGGCGAAUAAUGGACACCUUUCGGGAUCACAAUUACAUUGCUUAUCUACACAAAUACAAGCAGAUGUUAAAGCGCACGACUUUCAGCCCGCCUACUUUCACUACAUUGGCAAGGAUCCGCUGGUCUAUCGCAGUGUUGGUCAGGAACUCGAACGCGCUGCUGCCGAAUAUGGCAAUACGGAAUGCAUUGUUUCGUGUCACGAGCAAAAGCGUUACACAUUCCGCGGCCUCAUUGAGGAUGUUGAUCGUGUAGCCGCCGGUCUUUUGAAACUCGGUUUGCAGCAAGGUGAUCAUGUGGGGAUUUGGGCGCCCAACAAUAUGCACUGGUAUCUGACGAUGUUGGGCGCAGCACGCGCCGGUUUGGUGUCGGUGGGUAUAAACCCCGCCUUUCAGGGCCCCGAAGUGGAGUACUGUCUGAAGAAGGUCAAAGUGAAAGCCAUAAUAAUGCCGGAGACCUUUAAGACACAAAACUACUAUGAAAUUAUCAAAGGUAUUUGUCCGGAGUUGCCCGACAGUGUUGAUGGCUGCAUAAAGAGUGCCAAUCUGCCACAUUUGAAGUACGUCAUUGUCGACACGCCUAACAAAUUGAAGGGAUCGCUUACUUUCGACGAUUUGCUCGGUUUGUGUAACCCAGCUGAACGGGAGGCUAUCAAACAACUGCAGUUUCAUGUUCUACCAGACAGUGGCUGCAAUAUACAGUUCACCUCUGGCACCACAGGCAAACCGAAAGCUGCUGUGCUGACACAUUACAAUUUCGUUAAUAACGGCAUCCACAGCGGCAACCGUAAUCAAUUUGACAGCAGUUCACGCAUCUGUAUGCAAUUGCCGUUUUUUCACGUCUUUGGCGUUGUUAUAACUGCAAUGGCAGCGAUGACACAUGGCAGUACCUUGGUGCUACCCGCAGCUGGGUUCAGUCCGGUCGAUUCGUUACAUGCCAUUGUCAAUGAGAAAUGCACCCAUAUCCAUGGCACACCCUCCAUGUACGUUGAUCUAAUCAAGAAACAGAGAGAGCUAAAGCUGCCGAUAGAGACGGCGAAAAUUGCCGUCACUGGCGGAGCGCCGUGUUCGCCUCAGCUUUUCUUGGAUAUAAAGAAUGUUCUAGGUCUGGAUCAUGUGCGUACCGUUUAUGGCUUAACUGAAACCACAGCCGUGAUAUUCCAGUCCAAACCAAGUGAUAAUAUGGACAAAAUGUUGAACACUUUAGGACAUCUAUUGGAUCACAUUGAAGUGAAAGUGGUCGAUGCUGAAGGCCGUGUAGUGCAAUUCGGUGAACCGGGUGAGCUUUAUGUGCGUGGCUAUGCGACCAUGCUGGAAUACUACGACGAUGCGGAGAAAACUAAGGACACCAUCGGUAAUGACAAAUGGCUUAAAACCGGCGACCAAUUCAUUCUGCAAGCAGACGGCUAUGGACGUAUUGUGGGACGACUGAAGGAGAUGAUCAUACGUGGAGGAGAGAAUCUUUUCCCCAAAGAAGUCGAAGACUUUCUCAACUCACAUCCGAAAAUCCUUGAAGCGCAUGUCAUUGGAGUACCAGAUGAACGCUUGGGUGAGGAGUGCUGCGCCUUUGUGCGAUUGCAAGAUGGCGUCGCGAGCAUUACACAUGACGAAGUGAAGGAAUUCGCUAAAGGAAAGUUGGCACACUUCAAGGUACCUCGCUAUAUCAUACAUAUAGAUCAGUUUCCCAAAACUGCCUCUGGUAAAAUACAAAAGUUCAAACUCGCCGAGGCUUACAAUGAAAUGCAAAAGUAAAAGCAGUAUUUGUCUAUUAGAAAGUAAGAUGAUGCUCGCACUAAUAUUCGUCAUCUUUUUAUUUCAUAAAUUUGUUAAAAUUAUUAAAAUUGUAUUACCAAAGGUAAUUGGAGAAUAAAUUACUUAAAAAUAUUAACGAAACCUGUUUUUGCUGCUGGGUUUAUCAAAUUAUUAUUAUUCGGUUAUUUAUUUGCAUUUAUUGUCUCGAUUAUAAACCAAAACAGAGAUAAAAGAACUCAGUCGGUAUAAAAUGCGCUCUGUUUGAGUAUAUGGCUGCCAAAACGAUCAAUUCAUGUUGAUUAACUAAGUCAAGUUGGCGUUGCCAAUUUGAUCCAAGUGAAAAUAAAAAUGCUGGCAUUUUUUCCCCAAAAGUAGAGAGAUUAUCUGGUACAAAUUUUAAGUCGUCACGGAUCGCCUAAUAUUUUUUAUAGAAAACUUGGCUAUAUUUUGUAUAAAUUUUCAAGAAUGCACACUACAUCCCUACAAAAGUUUUAGAUAAAUACAUUUUUUUGGUAUUUAUAUAAAAUUGGGUAGGAAAAACUCUCGUCUGAUGGUAACGUUGAAUAUCCUAUCAUUUACCAAUACAUGAGCAACACGAUGAAAGACCGUGCUUGCGAGAACCGGACCGUACGCCUCAGCAGUGUUUGACACGCGCCGGAGCGUUCAGUCGUUCUCGCGACGUCGUGCUAACACAACCAGCUUCAACUCGACUACACCGACAAUAAACAGACGGUGAAUUUCAAAAGAAACAAAAGUUUUAACUAAAAAAAUUAUCUAAACCUUGUGUGUACGCGUGGCAGAUCGCAACGAUUUCACGCCAA